AUGGCUGGUUCUUGUGAGGUUUGCUCUUCAGAGCCCUCAAAAUAUCGCUGUCCCACAUGUCAAUUGAUGAGUUGCUCGCUCGCGUGCACGCAAGCGCAUAAAAUCUACUGUACUGCGAAACCACCAUCGAAUGAGAAAUCGAGCAACUCGCCCAAUGUCAACCCGCCUGAUGUCAACCCACCCGAUGUCAGCCCACCCGAUUUCAACCCACCACAGGACGAUGCAAACAUUGAAAAGGUCGGACCCGGCUCAAAAGCCCCCACAUUCAACUCUGCAGAAGUUGCGACCUCACCGGAGAUGAAAGAGCUUCUCGAUAGCCACCCGCAACUUCGCAGUCAGCUACAAGAGUUAUACCAGUUGACACUGGAAGAAGAAUGGGAGGAAUCAUACACGGCACCAGCACGAGGACGGGGACGUGGUCGUGGCCGAGGUCGGGGCGGCAUGAACACUCGCAACCGGGGCCCUUGGAAUUCCGAGAAAGGCUUCAAUCGAGGCUUGGGCAGACUCCGAAAAAUGAGGCAGGAUUGUGAGGAUGGGAAGGAGACUGGCCAGAAUGCUGAGGCUUUCAUGCGGUUUAUGGCACUUGUCAAUCGCGGCCAAGGAGACCAAACAGUCUAA